AUGUCUUCCGGAGAUCGCGAGGCUGAUAUUGCUCAGCCGUUCCAACAGGGCCAUGGCACUAUCACCGAGGUCACCUCGAACGAGAAGGCCUACAUGACGGAGAAGGCCCUCGACGCCACUCCUGAUGGUGAGGAACCCAACCAGGAAGAGGUUCGAACCCUCCGUCACGUCGCCGAACAUCUGCCUGUCUCUGCUUGGCUCGUCGCUAUUGUCGAGCUUUGCGAGCGUUUCACCUACUACGGAAUGUCCGGCAUGUUCCAAAACUAUAUCCAGCGCCCUCUCGAUGGCAGUGAGGGUCGUGGUGCCCUUGGCAUGGGCCAACGUGGUGCCACUGGUCUGACCACUUUCUUCCAGUUCUGGUGUUAUGUUACUCCCAUCCUUGGUGCUAUUGUCGCCGAUCAAUACUUAGGCAAGUACAAGACGAUCGUGGUUUUCUGUAUCAUCUACCUGGUCGGUCUCCUUAUCUUGGUUUGCACGUCUAUCCCCACUGCUCUCUCUCAUGGAGCGGGUGUUGGUGGCUUCAUCGUUUCCAUCUUGAUUAUUGGUCUGGGAACCGGCGGUAUCAAGAGUAACGUCGCUCCUCUGAUUGCCGACCAAUACAAGCGGAAGAAGAUGGCAAUCAAGACGACCCCCAAGGGUGAGCGGGUCAUCAUCGAUCCCGCCUUGACCAUUCAGCGCAUUUACAUGAUCUUCUACGCCUGCAUCAACAUCGGCUCCCUGUCCCUGAUCGCCACGCCUUACAUGGAGAAGUACAUCGGCUUCUGGUCUGGCUACCUGCUCUGCUUGUGCAUGUUUGCCGUUGGUACUGGUGUCCUUAUCUUCGGUCGCAAGUUCUACGUCGUCCGUCCUCCUCAGGGUUCCAUCAUCACGGAUGCUUUCAAGGCUCUGGGAAUCAUGAUCGUCAACCGCAACAUGGACGCAGCCAAGCCUAGCUGGCAAGCCACCAAUGGAGGCAACCGAACCAACCUGCCCUGGGAUGAUCACUUCAUUGAUGAGCUCAAGCGCGCCCUGGUCGCAUGCCGUGUGUUCGCUUUCUACCCCGUCUACUGGGUUGUCUACGGCCAGUUCUCCAGCAACUUCGUCACCCAGGCCGGUGAGAUGGAGGGCCACGGUAUCCCCAACGACUUUAUGCAGAACUUCGAUCCUAUCUCUGUCAUUGUCUUCAUCCCGGUCUUGGAGACUCUGGUUUACCCUCUGCUCCGCCGCAUGCGCAUCCAGUUCCGCCCCAUCACCCGUAUCUCCGUUGGAUUCGUCAUCGCCUCCCUUGCUAUGAUGUACGCGGCCAUUGUCCAGCACUUGAUCUACUCUGCCGGACCUUGCUACGGCAAGCCCCUCUGUGAUGCCUCCAUCGUCGAUGGUUCGGCCACUGGCAACCACGUCCACAUCGCGAUCCAGACGCCUGCCUACGUCUUCAUCGGUGUUUCUGAGAUUUUCGCCUCGGUGUCCGGUCUGGAGUACGCCUACACCAAGGCGCCUCCGUCCAUGAAGUCGUUUGUGCAGUCCAUGUACCUGCUUACCAACGCGUUCGGUUCCGCUAUUGCCGAGGCUCUGACCCCCGCUGCGUUCGACCCCGCCAUCAUGUGGAUGUUCGUCGGUCUGGCCUGCGCCUCCUUCAUUGCCGGUAUCAUCUUCUGGGUGGUUUACCACCACCUGAACGACCAGGAGGAUGAGAUGAACGCUCUGGACGCGGAAGAUCCCGAGGUUCCUACCCCCAUCGAGCAGGAGCAGAAGAAGGAUGAGCACAACUAG